AUGGCGAGCUCAUUUGGAGGUUACGAUGACGAAAGAUUCGUGAAUAAACUCGACGAUAGGUUACUUUGUCCGAUUUGCUUCAAGGUGGUCAAAGACCCAGUGCGAUGCCCGAACGAACACCAUUUUUGUCGCUCGUGUAUUCAAAAGUGUUUGAAGGAAACCUCCGAAACCUGUCCAACUUGCCAACACCAUCUCACGGAAGAAACCUUGGUUAAACCAACGAGAUUUUUUAUGGAAACGUUAGAGCGUCUCAAGAUUCGUUGCGAUCACGAAAGCCGUGGUUGUGGAGAAGUGGUCGAGCUUGAAUUUCUUGAUCGGCAUGUUGAGAGAUGUGGCUAUUUACCAACACGUUGUACAAACACGGGCUGUUCUGAAGUCAUCAACCGAAACGAGCAAGAACGACAUGAGAACGAACUUUGUCGUUUUCGUAUGAUUGUCUGUGACGAGUGCGGAGAAACUGUGAUUUGGAAUUCUAAACGUGUCCACCCUUGCUUUAUCAGAAAGGAAACGGACGAUUUGGUAAACAAUUUGAAGGAAUUUAAGCUAGCUCAAAACGAGUUGAAUCGCAGGUUAAUGGACGAUGUUGCCCGUCAAAAUGUUGUCAUUGAUGAUCUACGCCGUAGAAACCGGGAAGUCGAAUGUAUUGCAAAGGAAGCGAACGAGAGGUGCGACUUGUUUUCUGGCAUGCGAAAGAUUUACGUCUGCGGAGGGCGAGAGAAAAAGUUUCGCCACAGAUCCGUAGAGUCUUUCAGUUGGCCUGAGAAUUCCUGGAGACUAGAACCAGAAAUGAGCCUGAUCCGAUCAGCUCCUGCAGCAUUUGUUUACCAGGGUGAAAUUUAUAUAACUGGCGGUUCGAAUGGAACUGAGUUUACGGAUAGCGUCGAAAGGUUGAAUGUAGUGAAGAACAUGAAAAAAUGGGUCAAGUCCACUGUCAAAAUGCCUGUCAAAUGCAACGGUCACGAAAUGGUCAGUCACGAAAAUACUGCAAUUUUGACUGGUGGACUAAUUGACAAAAACAACGCUUCUGAUGGGAUUUAUAAAAUUGAACUAACUCCCCCAUACACGACGACGUUAUUGACCCAGUUGCCAGAGAUAAGAAGUUACCAUGGCUGUCAGAUUAUUGACAACCAAGUCGUUGUUACUGGUGGACGGACAUCAAACUACAUCAACGACAAUAAAAACACUGUGUAUUCAUACGAUAUUAACAAUAAUGAAUGCAAAACUCUGCCGCCACUGCCAUUUCCUAUCUCUGAUAUGGCUACUGUUAGUUAUAAAGGUAAUAUAAUUUUGAUCGGAGGUGUUAACCAGAGAACGGAAUCAUUGAACACAGUAUUCAUGUACGAAGUGAAGACAGGUAAAAUUAAGGAGUUACCUCGUCUUAAUCAUAAAAGAGCGGGAAGUGCAGCAGUUAUCAGUGGCAAUAUAAUCAUUGUUAUGGGUGGGCAUGAUUGUAAAAUCGUAACAUGGCUGAAAUCUGUCGAGUGCUUGGAUUUAAGUAUGGAGAAGAGUGAAUGGAGAGAAUUGCCACCAAUGACGAGGGAGAGAGGUUAUGCAUCUGCAGUUCUUCUUUAA